AUGGCUUGGCUGCGCACUUUCGCUGCUCCACUCACUGUGGCUCUUGCCGGGCUUCUCGGUGUAGCAAGUGCUGCACGCCACGUCGAACAACACCAAGCGAACGCGCAGGCAGAGGUGGAGGCAGGGGUGGUCCCGCGUCCCAUCAGCCGAGCACUGCAGAGGGCUCAAAGGGACGCGGAGAGCAAGCUCGUGGACUACCAAGCGGCUGAAGAGACUGCUAAGGCAAAGAAGGCAAACGCAGAAGGGGCAGCUGCAGAGAAGAUGUCCUUGAUGGAGAACAUGAAGGCAAAGGCCACUGAACAACAGGCUCAGGUGGAGAUGAGUCGGAAGGCAAUGGUCGCUGCUGAGGAGGCAGCUUCCAAGCAUGAUGAACAUAAUGCAGGCUUGGAGAACGCACUGAGCAAGUUCAACGGCCUGAGUCAAGACGUUGAAGGGCUGCAGGAGAACGUGACCAUGCUGGAAGAGGCCCUGGCAUUGACCCUGGCGCGAAUGCAGAAGCACCUUGACGCUGUGAAGGACGAGUUGGAUGCAAAGAUGAAGGAGAAAACUGCUGCCGAGCAGGAUUUGAUGGACAAGAAGCAAGUGGUGUUGUCUGCCAACAGCAUGAAGGCUUCGACAGCACAGGCGGCAAGUGAUGCCGAGCAGGCAGCACAGAAGGCACAGCAGGAGUUGCGAACUCUGCAGGGCAAUUUCGACCGGGCCGUCUCGAAGGCCACGAAGUCUGAGGCAGAGUCCAAGGAAGCCGCAGAUGCCGCACGCGGUGCCAAGAAGGAUCACGAGGACGGCCAGCAGACGGUGGAGCUGAUCAAGCAACUCCGACGAGCCGUCGACGAGUUCUACGGUGCAGUUGACGAAGUUGUCUACAGCGAGCAUUCCGGUUCGUUUGAAGAGGACCCUCUGUUGAAGCCUGUCCUCAAGAAGUACAACAUCAUGGCUUAUUUUUUCAUGAAUUUACAGAGCGUCGCACCAGACAAGUACGAGGAGGUGAAGCCUGCCAUCAAGGAGAUCGAGAGGAACUACGAGGGGGCAAUCGCAGAGAAGUGCGAUCCAAACGGGAAGCUGAUGAACGAGGACUUCGAACCCCUUCCGGAGUUUGACGCGCAGUGCGGCAGUGGCCUCUUCACCAAGGUCGGCAUGACGAAGCUGAUCAUCCCAGAGACGCCUGCCUCUCCUGCUGGAGCUUGA